AAGUCCUCACGUUUGCUUGGAGAAGAAGCAAAAGAGCGGUGUCUAUCUAGGGUUUUCCAUCGGCAGAAGAAAUCGAAAAGAAGAAGGAGAAGAUGAUAGAGGUGGUGUUGAACGAUCGUCUUGGGAAGAAGGUGAGAGUGAAAUGCAACGACGAUGACACGAUCGGGGAUCUGAAGAAGCUCGUGGCCGCCCAAACGGGGACCCGCGCUGACAAGAUCCGGAUCCAGAAGUGGUAUAACAUCUACAAGGACCACAUCACCCUCAAGGACUACGAGAUCCACGACGGCAUGGGCCUUGAACUCUACUACAACUAGGUCCGAGUGGAUGAAGAUGCUGGUGGGCAUGGGCCAUAUAAUUGCAUUCAUAAGCACUGUUAUCAGCCAGUAAUUUCUACCCUAUAUACAAACAUGUGUAAUACAAGUAUGAAAUAGCUUUCUACUUGUACCAUUGAGCUUUCUGGGCUACUUUGUCAUGUAAGUAAUUUUCGUUCAACACUGGUUCCUGACAGAGUUGUGUGCUUUUCUGUUCACUUGUCAUUUUCUGGUUGGUUGAACUUCUCUAACCUUAGUGAGAGAAGCAGUGCUUAAGCAAACAUUCUACAGGCUUUAUGUUUGUAA